AUGCAGAUUUUCGUUAAGACUCUUACUGGUAAGACCAUCACUCUUGAGGUCGAGCCAUCAGACACCAUCGAAAAUGUAAAAGCCAAAAUUCAAGACAAAGAAGGAAUCCCACCAGACCAACAACGUCUUAUUUUUGCCGGAAAACAACUUGAGGAUGGACGUACUCUUUCUGAUUACAAUAUUCAAAAAGAAUCUACCCUUCAUUUAGUUCUCCGUCUUCGUGGUGGUAUCAUUGAACCAUCUCUUCGUACUUUGGCUCAGUCAUACAAUUGUGAGAAGCAAAUCUGUCGUCAAUGUUACGCUCGCCUUCCACCACGUGCAACUAAUUGCCGUAAGAAGAAAUGUGGACACAGCAAUCAAUUACGCCCAAAAAAGAAGUUGAAGUAA